UGUGUGUGUGUGUGUGUGUGUGAUGAGAUUAUCUGCUUUAUGAAAUACACGCGAGACGCUUCCAGUGGACCGAAGAGUCUUCAGAGGGCAAAACAGCGCAGAAGGGGAAACUCUUCUCUUCCAGGCGAUGCUCAAACAAGGUGAUGGGAUGGAAGUUACAUGCGGAUUCCCAAACAGUUCGAGCAGAUGAUAAAUGAGAAGGAGCAAAGAUAACUUUGGUGAAGUGCUUCUUCAUCUAUCUUACAGUGUCUGAAUGUCGAUUCGUAUCGGCGGACUUGCUUUGCUCUUAUAAAACCACUUCUUCAUGAAGCACCUCUGACUCAGAUUUGUGGAAAUAUCACAGAGAUCCGCACGGGAAGCUGCGAGCUCUUCAGCACCAUCAAAGCUGCAGACGACUGAAAGAUGAAGCUUGCUGCGUUCAUGCUCCUUCUCAUCAAUUCAGCGGCAUCCAUCAAUCUUAAAUACAUCUCGAAGAGGAACUCAGUCGAUGGAUGUAUAGACUGGUCGGUGGACCUGAAAACGUACCGCGUGUUGGCCGGAGAGCCGCUGCGGGUGAAAUGCGCUCUCUUCUACAGCUACAUCCGCACUAACUACAGCGUGGCCCAGAACGCCAAGCUGCGACUCAUCUGGUACAGGAACAAGGGUGAUUCUGAGGAACCCAUCAUCUUCUCGGGUCAUCGGCUCAGUAAAGAAGGAGAUUCCAUUUGGUUCCGCUCAGCGGAGAUGGAGGACAACGGAUUUUACACUUGUGUGCUCAGAAACUCGACGUACUGUAUGAAGGUGUCCAUGUCGCUGACAGUGGAAGAGAGUGAUGAGGGUCUCUGCUUUAGCAGUCGAAUACGUUACCUGGAGAGAGCAGAGAUCACCAAGAGCAAAAUGAUCACCUGUCCUGACAUUGAUGACUAUCUUGCACCCUACAAGCAGCCCAUCAUGACCUGGUACAAGGAGUGUCAACGAAACUGGAGGAGCUCAAUGAUCAUCAACACCACCAGUCUGUGGAUUCCUGAGGUGAUGGAGGACGACGGAGGAAACUACACCUGUGAAUUGAAGUACGGCAGUCGAGUCGUGAGACGGACCACAGAGGUCAAAGUCACAGCACUUCUUACGACCAGACCACCUAAAGUCUUGUUCCCAUCAGAGAGACAAGCCAGCAUUAUACACGUCCAGCUCGGUAUGCGUCUGAUCUUAGAUUGUAAGGCGUUCUUCGGUUACAGCGGAGAUUCUCGGCCCAUCAUCUACUGGAUGAAAGGAGAUAAGUUUGUCGAGGAGCUGGAAGGACACAUAAGAGAAAGUGAAGUGAGGCUGGUCCGGGAGUUUCUGGGGGAGAAGGAGGUGGAGUUAUCUCUGAUCUUUGAUGCUGUGGAGGAGACAGACAUGGGAAACUACACCUGUAAUGUGGAGAAUCACAUCGGCCGCAGCAGUGCAAGUGCUAUUCUGCAGAAGAAGGAUGCGUAUAGGUUGGAGCUGGUUGGUGGUCUGGGUGCCAUUAUGUUGUUAUUAGGAAUCUUCACAGCCAUCUAUAAAUGCUACAAUGUGGAGAUCAUGCUGUGUUACAGACGACACUUUGGGAGUGAUGAAACAGAUGACGACAACAAGGAAUAUGAUGCCUACCUCUCUUACACCAAAGUGGAUUUGGACUCAGUGGAGUGUGAGGUGAGCGAGGACGAGCUGUUUGCUCUGGAGAUCUUACCUGACGUUCUGGAGAAACACUAUGGAUAUAAACUCUUCAUCCCACACCGGGACCUCAUACCCAGCAGCACGUACAUCGAGGACCUGAGCCGGAGCGUGGAGCAAAGCAGACGUCUCAUCAUCGUGCUGACUCCCGAGUUUGUUGCCCGCCGCGGCUGGAGCAUCUUCCAGUUCGAGCCGCGGCUGCAGAGCAUGCUGGCGACGGGCGAAAUCAAGGUGAUCAUGAUUGAAUGCUCCGACCUCCGCAACGUUAUCAACUACCAGGAGGUAGAAGAUCUGAAGCACACCAUCAGAGUGUUGACCGUCAUUAAAUGGAGGGGGCCCAAAAGCAACCAGCUCAAAUCCAGGUUUUGGAAGCGGGUCGUGUACGAGAUGCCAGCUAAGAAAAAAGAGACCGUGUCGCGGCGGCAGGUGUUGGACUCGGGCGAGCAAGGGCUCUUCGGCGACCUGCAGGCCGUAUCCACCGUCGCCAUGACGGCGACCUCAGCAUCGCUGAUGCCGGCUCACGUUGAAAUUCCAGACUAUAACGAACACGGCCACCUGCAAAUGCGCCAUUUCUGCCGCAGCUACGAAUACGAGCUGCCCACUUCUGCGAUAGCCACGCUCAGCGGCCGUCACGUGUACUGCAAUCUGCCAAUGACGCUGCUGAAUGGACGUGUGACGCAAAAUAACAUUGGGAAAGCCAAGAAGGACAUUCACUUGAACAGCACGUUCGUGCCGCUGUCUGGUCAAGAACUCUCCAGUGAUAUCUGGUAGAACAUCGCACAGCAAUCGCCCGCUGGGCCGGAAACAUAGCUUUGCUGUUUUUACUUUUCUCUUCUUUUUUCAUCCGCAUGACAUCAUCUUACGAUUUGAAAAAUUGAAUAAAAAACAUAAUGGUUUCUCUUUUUACUUUUCUUUAACUAGCUGUGAAGUGUUUUGAUACUUUGUUCAGAAAGAUGAAGAGCUAUUGAUAUUGAUUUCGUACUUGAAUUUCUUCUUUUCGAAGACCAAUAAUGAGUCAUGUUCAAGGUGUUCAUACUAUGUACAGUGUCAUAUCUAGUCUCUUGAAACACCACUACUUAUUUGGUUUGGUUUCCGAAGAACAGAUUAUGACUUUGGUUGUCGCAGCACAAUAAUGUAAAGACACAAAUACUCUGAGCUUUAAAGAAUAUUACGUUCUAUUUAUGCAAAUAAAUACUAUUCCAAUGAAAUAAGCACAUUGAUGUUGUUUGUAGCCAGUUAGAAGGAUGUAUUUACAUAUUUUAUACAGUCGACCAUAUACCGUCACAGAAUUAUGUUUGUUUGUUGGAUUGUUUAUUUAUUUAUUUAUUUUCUCAGAGCGUCAUUGGAUGUUUAUAUGAUGUAUCUGGUAUUAGAUUAAAACAUUCAGUGCUGCUAAUGAUUAAUAUUUCAGUCAGCUUGAUCAUUUGCAUACAUUAUUCAUAUUUCACUUCACAUAAUUUAGAUGUGU